UUUCCUCUUCCCUUACUCAUCUGCUGUUUGUGCAGCACCGUUAAGGCCCUCCCACUUGUGCUUGAAUUGCAUUAUUGUAGCACAUUGCCCCGUUUUGCGCCACCUCACAGUGCGCCGUAUUGGAGCGUUAACUCAAUUGCAUAACCCUACGAAAACCCCCUCUGCUUGGGAAAAUAAGCAGCAGUACUAUAACAAAUUCUGAUGCUCGUCACUGAUCGUAUAUAAAAUGCUUGGGCCACAGUAAACAUCGUAUCACUUCAGCCAGGGUAUCGCAAUAUUAACAAGUGAAAAAUGAAAUUUCACAUAUUGUUGGCAGUUUUUUUCGCCGUUUUGGCGCUAGUUAAAGGUGUGCCAGUGCCAGGUGGUGGUGGCGGUGGCGGCGGCGGUGGUGGUGGCCGCGGCUGCAAUUGUGAGCGUGGAGGUGGUGGAGGUGGCGGCGGCGGAGGCGGUGGGGGAUGGGGCAAUGGUCCUGGAGGUCCUGGGGGCGCUGGCGGUCCUGACUGCGUUAGACCUUCUUGGAUGCCACCAUGUCCUCCAUAAGAUGAUUUUGUAUUGAAGACGUCAGAGGCAUUAAUACCUUCAUACCUCCGUAUUAGACCAAAUUUUACACCAUUCGAUUAUAAGAUCCUUACACACAUACUUAUACGUAUUUAUAAAUGAAACCAAAAGCUUUAAAAAUAA